GGGCAGUGGCAUUCCCGCAAAUCCCUCGCAGCGCCGGAGCCCUUGUGGCGGCGGCGAGCCCUAUAAACCGGGGGCGGCGUACCCUGGCCGCCAUUAACACUGCCACAGCAGCCGCGUCCACCCCACGUAUGAUCUGUAGCCACUCAUAGACGCCAGCUGCUAGCCUGUGCUGCUGCUGCUGCUGCUCCCUGCCGUAGCUGUCGUGUCCUUUCCUCUGCCUGAUUGCCUCUCGCGUGUGAGCGGCCGCCAUGGAUAUCUGGAAGUCCAAGGUGCUGCCCAAGAUCAAGGUCGUCUUCGCCAAGUCCGGCGGCAAGAAGGCAGCCGCCGCCGCCGAGCUCGUCAAGUCCUUCGACGAGUCCAAGGAGGGGAUCAAUGGCGAGUUCGAGGAGAAGAAGGCGGAUCUCCAGCCUAAGGUCGUCGAGAUCUACGAGUCUGUUCCUGCGCCGCUCAAGGUUCUGAUCAAGGAGAGGAGCAAGGUGUCUGGGAUCAAGAAGAACUCGGCCGCCAUCACCAAGUUCUUCGAGGAUCUGGCCAAGAUCGAGUUCCCUGGCGCCAAGCAAGUGAGCGAGGGCAUCUCCAAGGUCGGCCCCGCCCUGCUGUCCGGCCCCAUCUUCGCCACGUUCGAGAAGGUCUCCUCCCUGCUACCUGCCGCCGUCGAGGAGGCGCCCAAGGAGGCCCCGGCCGUCGCCGCCGCCGAGGACGCAGCCGAGAAGAAGGACGCCGCCGCCGCUGCCGAGGAGAAGAAAGAGGAAGCGCCGGCCGGUGAGAAGAAGGAAGAGGUUCCGGCAGCCGUUGAGGAGAAGAAAGAGGAGGCGGCUGCGCCCGCCGCCGCAGCCGAGACUGCGCCCCCUGCUGCCGAUGCACCUGCCGCAGAUCCCGCUGCGGAGGCGGCGCUGGCCGAGGCAGCGGCGGAAGCCGCGGCCCCAGCCGAGCCCGCGGCGAAGGCCGAGGAGGAGACGCCCAAGGCCUAGCUAGCUAGGGUUCAGGUUCAUCUUGCAUCCCACAGCUAGCUAGGUAGAGAGAUCCUGCCCCGCGUACAACCAUGCUCUGUCAUCACCAUUCGUUGUUCUUGGAUAUAUGCACAAUGUUUCUGUUGCUCGCUCGAUUGACCUGUUCCUAUGCAGGCCGGUUAGACAUGUAUGUAUAUGUAAGCCUAUAAAUUUUUGCAUGUACUUAUUAUUAUUAUUCAUUUGCAGUGUGAGGACAUGUAUAUUAUUCGCAGUUUUGGUUCAAUUCAAUCGUUAAUUCUUUGUUGUUUCA